AUGGAGAUCCGGGGAUGCACGCUGUGGAGCACCUGGGGUGGAAGCGGCGGCGGCGAUGGCGGGAGGAGCGUGGUGAAGCAGGAGGCUGGGAGGUCCGAGGAGGAGGAUGGAGGGGGCCCGGGGAAUCGCGAGCGUCUCUCGCGACGGCCGCGGCACCCCACCCACCUACGAACGUCCCGGGCUGCGGGCGGAGCAACAGCGGCGGCAGCGGCUGCCCACGCGAACAACAACUAUCCCUCCUCCUCGCCGUCCUCGAGCGGUGCAGCGGCGGCUGCGGCGGCUGCGGCGGCGGCAACCGGCGGCGGCGAUCGAAGAGAAGCGGGAGGGGAGGGGGCGGGGGCGGGAACCGGGGCAGUGGAUACGCUCAGCGAGAGGUUCGCGCAGCUCGCGGCGCUAGAAGGUCGUGCGGAGGUGCAGAGAGCGGCGGCAGCGGUGGCGGCGACGGCGGCGGCUGCGGCGACCGCCGCCGCCACCUCGUCGCACAGACCCGGAGGGUCAUCGAGGGCAAGCAACCCUCCUCCUCCUCCGGCGUCCUCUUCCGGCGGCGGUGGUGGUGGUUCUUCGGCCGUCCGUCAGGCACAGGCGGCGUCGAGGGUCGCCAUGGAACGCGCCCGCGCUGCUGCUGCUUCUAACUCUUGGACGUCUCGUCCAUCGGUGGCAGGGGCUAACACCGCCAGCGGCAAGACCUCUUCCUCUCGGGGUGGUGCCAGCAGCGGUGGCGCCAGCGAUGCUGCAAGGGCGGCCGCCGCUGGCGGCGGUCGCAGCGGUAGCGGACCGAGCUCCCGGAACCUCGACGCCGCCGCCGCGCUCGAGCGAGAGCUAUCGCUGCUGCGCCACGCGCGGGCGGCGCAAGCCGCCCAGGCGGCGGCGGGAGGGUUUGCUGGAGGCGGAGCCGGCGGCGGCGGCGGCCGCGGAGGGCUUCUAGGCGUGGGCGCGUGGCCGCCGGAGCUUCUUGAAGCUGCUCAGGCGGCCGGGCUUACCUUGCCGCCGGGCGCGGGCAGGGCCGGCGAUGGCGAUGGCGGUGGCGGUGGCGGUGGCGGUGGUGGUGGCCAUCCGCAUGGGGGGCCUCCGGGGGGGCACAGGAUCGGUGGAGGGUCCAGGGCCGGCGACGAGGACUCUCCGGCGGGGCCGGGGGUCCGGAUCCAGCUCAUGUCCACGCGCAGAGAAAUGCCCCCUCCGCCUUCGUCAUCGGCGUCGGCCGCUUCGGCGGCGGCGGCAGCGGAGGGGUCGGGCUCGGGAUCAGGAUCGGGGUCGCAGAACCAGAAUCAGCAGCAGCAGCAGCAGGCGUUUGCGUCCCAGGGCCAAGGGAGCCAGGGGUGGGGGGGUCUAGCUGCGCGCCGACCGGUGGCGGCGGGCGGUCUCGCUCAGCGUCGGCCUUUGCCUGCGCCGCCUGGUACAGCUGGUGGUGGAGCUUCGGCAGCGGCGGCCAGCCGCCCCAACGGCAGGGGCAACAAGGCGCCGGCUACUGCGAUGGCGGCGGCGGCGGGCGCAGCGACGUCUGCUUCGGGGUCCCCGGCCCUCCGCGCGGCCGCGGCAAAGGCCGUCACCGCUGCUGCUACAAAAGCUGCGAAAGCUGCAAAAGCUACUCGUGCGACUACCGGUAGCAGCGGUGGCCGUGGCGCGGGCAGCAGUGCCAAGGAGCCUCGAAGCCGUCGCAUUGUCCGCGGCAGCAGGACUCCUCCUUCUUCUUCUGCCACCGGCGGCGCGGGGGCGGCAGUAGGCGGGGGCUCUCGCCCGGUGACCCGGGGGCGGCGGAGUGACACUAACGGAGAAGGUGCCGGUUCGGCGACGGCCAGUCACGUAUCGUCGUUGUCGUCUUCCUCAAAGAGAAAGCGAGGAGAAGAUUCUGGCGCCGCGGCCGUCGCCGCUGAGGGGGGAAGGGGAAGAAGCUCCGUCGCUACUAGCGCCGACGAAGCUGCGACACCGCCGGCGGCAGCGCCUGCGGCGGCGACGCAGGGAAGGACGUUGCGGGCCAGAAGAACUCGUUCCUCGUCCACCUCGGCUUCGUCGUCGGCGGCAGCUGCUGCGGCAGCGGCGGGUACAGCGGCGACGUCGUCGAGGGGGCGUGCCUCGACUCGAGUGGGUGUGGCCGCCGCUGCUAUCGGAAUGGCCGCUCCCGCCCCCCCUGCCACCACCUCUUCUUCUUCUUCUAACCCUUCGACACGCAAGGCUUCGUCGUCGUCUCCGAGAGGUCGCGGUAGCAGCAAUGGCGGCGGGGCGGGCCGCAGGAAGUCCUCCGCUGAUCCGUCGCCGCUGCCUUCGGCGGCGGUGGCGGCGGUGGCUUCUGUGAGCACCGCCGCUGAAGCGACGAAAGGCGGCGGCGUGGCUGCACAGUCGUCGUCAUCAUCUUCAUCGUCGCACAAGCGGCGGCGAGUCACGUCCCCGCCGUCGACGUCCGCCGCAGCGGGAGGCGCGACGGCGGCGGCGGCGACGGCGGGUAGCGGGAGGUCGAAGCGAACAACGGGGACGGCGACUGCGGGGGCGACGGGGGUGGUCCGCGGAGGCGGCGGCGGUGGGGGCGGCGGCGGUAGCCCGAGGAGAAGCUCCCGCGUUGUACGUGGGCCAUCGUCUUUCGCGGGACCGCCCCCUUCGAAGCCCGCCGCCGCAGCAGCAGCAGCAUCGAAGUCGAAGAGAGGCGGCACCACCAAAAAGCUCCCUACUACUGGCGGUGACGGCGGUGCGCCUGCCGUUGUGUCGUCCACGGCGGGUUCUUGGAAGACGAAGCGGCAGAGCAAGACCAAGGCCAAGAAGACGCCGUCGCCGCGUCAACGGCAGCAGCCGCAGCAGAAGCAGCCGGCUAAGAGGGUAAGCGGCAGGGCUAGUACGGGCGGCGGCGGGCGCAACAGUAGCAGGGGGGUAGCAAGCCCCGGCACCGACACGACGACCCCGUUGACCAGCCGCGCCAGUGGCAGCAGCAGCAGCAGCAGCCGUGGGGGUAGAGCUAGCGGCGGCGGUGGUGGGAGCGGACUCCCCGCCACCGCCGGCGGUGAGGGGUGGCAGCCACCGUGGCGUGCGGGGGGGGGCUCUGCUACGGCUGCCGCUGCUGCUGCUGCUGCUGCGGCGGCGGCGGCAGCGGCGGCUUCGGUGGGGAGCAGCAGCGCCGCCGGUGAGGGCUCGUACACAAGAAACCGGCCUUCGUCCUCGUCUUCGUCUUCGUCUUCCAGCAAGCUCCCUCUCCUGCAGUGGACGCUGAGGUACCACUGGCCGGACACCGACGUGGCGGCAGCAGCCUCCGCCGCCGCCGCCGCCGAUUCGCCCGCUGCCAACACUGGCGCGGUUGCGGUCGGACCCGGCUCCGCUGCCUCGUCGUCCGCUUUGGAAGGCGGUGUCAGCGGCAGUGGCGGCGGCGGCGGCAGCGGUAGCCGCAAGAGAAACGGGAAGGGGAGAGCCAGGGGAGCCGCGGAGGAGAAUCGGGGAAAGGGAAGGGGGCACAACAGCAACAGCAGCACGGGGGAGACGGGAGAGGAGGAGGCAGCUCUGGCGCUGGGAGGGGGGCAAGGAGGAGCCGAGGUGGUGGUGGCCGGGGGCGACGCAGGCGGGACUGUCGUACGGAGGUAUACAGAGGUGGACUUCACGAACGGGGAGCUUCCUUCCGGCGCGACAAUGUUCGAGGCUGUCCAGAUGCUGAUGCUGAAGCACGCUCGAGAGACGGCCGGGGGCGAAGUCCCGAUAACCAGUAGCGGGGACCGUUUCCCGCACCGCUCGAUGCCAAUGCCGCGAGAGCAGUGGGGGAAGGCCAUCACGUUGGAGUUCUCGCCCCGCUCCUGCUCCUCGCAUUCUGCGAAGCCCCCGCCCGCCUCCUCUGCCGCGUCCGCAUCCGCUGGCGUCGCCGCCGGUAGAGCCGCUAGCGCAGCAUCCCUUGCUAGCGCUAGCGGCGGCGCCGCUGGUUCUGGAGCUGCGGCGUCUAGCAGCAGCGGUAGCAGCGGCGGCGGCCCCGCCACGGAUUCUUUACCACCGGCGGAGGCGUCUUCUUCUUCCAGUGCCCCCGCAGGUCCUUCUCCCGCUGCCGGCUCGGGGGCGGAUUCGUCAUCAAGGCGUGUGGGCGAUGGCGGUGGGGGCGGUAGUCGCAGAGACAGGAAGGGCAUGGACAAGAAGGGGAAGGCGUUGGAGGUGCUGGAGCUACCAGGCGUACUCGCCCCGGGGGCCACACCCCUCGACGCCAGGCUCGCCGUUGUGCACGGGCUGAUGGAGAAGGGAGGAGGCGGCGGAAUCGGUGCCGGGUUCCGUUUCGGCGAACACCUUUGCCUCCUGAGCGCCUUGCAGGCGGUGUGUGAGGAGUGGCUCGGGCUCCGCAGGAGUCUCGUGAGCCACGGCAGCGUCGCCGGGGACGGUGAUCUCCCGGACCCCCACCCUUCGGUUCUGCACGAUCUAGCGAGGCGUUGCAUCGUUUCGGGGCUGCAGCGGAAGGCGUGCAACCCGUUGGCGCUGUGCACGGGGUCCCUCCCCUCCUGGUGUGUAGGCCUCCCGAGGGAGUUCCCCUCGCUCUUCUCCCUCGAGACCCGCCUAUCUCUGCUCCGGAAGACGGCCUUCGGGAUGGCCAGAGCCGUGGCUCACGUUCAGGAAAAGGCCAAGAAUGUCGAGGACAUCCCCGCGGUCGCUGCUCCGCUCGGAUCGGCGGCGGGUACGGCGCGAGCGGGUGGAGGAGUGCUGAGACGAGUAGUUGGCGCCGACGGAGCGGACUCGCCGGCCUCCUUGGCCAUGCCCCUGCCGGAGCUGCUGCGGCAGCUCGGGAGGCUCGGGCGUUUGACGGAGGAGGAGGAGGAGGAGGAGGAGGAGGAAGAGGAGGCGGAAGAGGAGGAGGGGUGGAAUGUUCUCGAUGCUGGGGAGGAUGGGGAGGAGGAGGAGGAGGAGGAGGGCGACGAAGAUUACGAGGGUUACCACCAUCAUGGGGAGGCGUAUCAUGAUGAGGAGGUACAUGAGGAGGAGGACGAGGAGGAUGAGCUUGACGAGGAGGUGGCGACAGCAGAAGAAGCGGCGAUAGCAGCAGAAGAAUUGGCAACGGUGGCGACACAUGGUGGAGGAGGAGCGAGCCGGGAGGGUUGGGGUGGUGAUGACGAGGGUCGAUACAGCCGGCGGGAGAGGGGCUCCGUGGAUGUGGGGGGUGAAGAACGCGACGGGUCCGGAGUCGGCCGAUCGGCGAAGGCGGCGGCUGCGUCUUCCGCGAGGGGAAUCGAGGCCGGAGGAGGAGGAGCAGGAGGAGGAGGAGGAAACACGGAGGAGGGUGGUGCCGAUGCCAUGGACGUCGAGGAGGAGCAGGUGGACCGAGAGGGUUGCCAUGGUCACGGGGGCGCCGGCGCGAAAACGGCCGCUGGCGGUGCCGCCACCAGCGGCAGCGGCAGCGGCAGCAGCCGUACCGCCCAAGGGGAAGGGACUGCUGCCGCCAGAGGUGAGGGAAGCGGGCAGCCCGGGGUGGCAGAGCAGGAGAGACGAGGACAAGACGGCGGCGUCGCCUCGAUGGGUGCUUCCGCUGCCGCCGCUGGCGGGUUUUCUUGCAAGCUGCCGACACCUCUCCAGCAACUUGGACAUCUAUUUCAUCCCGGCCACUUGGGGUCCGUUUCAUUUGAGUACCUUACAUUUUUCGAGUUUUACAGCCUGGUGUGCAGGGAGCUCCUCAAGCGAGGUCUCGGCAUGUGGAGAGGGGACGACGCCCCGCCGGAGCCGCCGUCCCCCGCUGAUUCCACGGGCCCCCCUCCCUCCCGGGGGGAAGGGGCCGGGGACGUCGGCGCUAGCGGCGAGUUGGGAUCAGAGCAACGGCGCCAGGGCGAGCAAGGGGACGGGGAGGAGGCGGUACGCGCGAAUUCCGCCGCUUCCACUGCCGCUUCCGCCGCCGCCGCAGCAGCUUCGGAAGGAACGGCAGCAGCAGCAGCAGCAGCGGCAGAAGGUGCAGGGGCAGCAGCAGCUGGUGGUGGUCCCGAGGUUUCGGGUUCGGCAUCACCGGACCGAGACGCACCCGCCGCUGGCUCCGCCGCUGGCUCUGCGUCGUCGGCCCAGCCGGCAGCCGGCGGCGGCGGCGGUGUUGGUAGUGCGGGGGAGAACGAGGGCGAGGGUGACCGCCAGCCGUACCUGGACCUUGGGCCCGAGGGCUUGUUUCCGGCGCCGCUGGACCACAGGAAUGGGGUUAUGCGGGCCACCCUGGAGAGUCGGUUCAGAUUGCUGGGCAGGCUGAUGGGGAAGGCCCUCAAGGACGGCCGGAUGUUAGACCUACCCCUGGCGCUCCCGCUGUGCGGCCUCAUCGUGGGCCUUCGCCGCCGUCCCACCGCAGGCGCGAAGCCCCUGGCUCUGAGCGAUGUGAGCCUGAUAGACGAAGCGCUCGGGAGGAGCCUGGGCAGCGUCGCGGAGCUUGCCCAACAGGUUGAGGAGGCCAAGGCCGCGCUGGGGGGCGUGGGUAGCGGCGUCAAGGCCGCCGUCCAGUCGAUGUCGGAACUGGAGGAGUACGCGGAGAACCUUUGCCUCUCCUGGACUCUUCCCGGAUACCCCUGGUACGAGCUUAGACCGGGCGGUGCAGAGCUUGGCGUUACGGCCGCCGAGCUUGGGCAAUGGGUGGACGAGGUCACCAGGGUGCUCCUCGUGGAAAGCGUGCUGGUGCAAGUCGAAGCCCUGGUCAAAGGCGUGUCGGAGGUGAUGGACCCUUCCACCCUUUCCGUCCUGAGCGCCGGCGAGCUCCAACGGCUCAUCAGCGGGGAGGGGACCGGCAGCGGGGCCGACGAGGAGUGGGAGUACGGCACCAUCAUGGCCAGCGUUGUGUGCAGGCACGGAUACACGGUGGACAGUUCGCAGGUGAAGUGGCUGGCGCGAGUGAUGUCCGAACUCGACACGGAAGGCCGUCGACAGUUCCUCCGCUUCGUUACCGGGACUCCUCGGCUACCGAUAGGGGGCUUCGGGGCCCUCCGUCCCCGCCUCACGGUGGUCAAGAAGGAGGUGGACGUGCUUCCGGGGGGCACUCCGGACAGCCACCUCCCCAGCUGCUCCACGUGCCAGGUGUACCUCAAGCUGCCUGCGUACACGUCCAGAGCGGCGCUGGAGGCCAAGCUCAAGCACGCCAUCACCGAAGGACAGGACCACUUCGCCCUCGACUAGAUACAAGACACGACUAACCCCACCAGCCUUCGUGUCGUCCUCAUCCCACUAUUGUAGAUGAUCGUUCUUAGUGGCAUGACAAAUGUUGGGGUUGGGGCAGGCUGAUCCCUUUGUUGUCCGGUAUGGUCGGGCGAGGGCGCUUUUUUCGUUUUAUUUUGCCGCUAGAACAUCAGUCUUGCUCGAUCUCGGUGGUGUGAUAUUUUGUUGUUGGGUUGAGGCAGGCUGUAGUCGCUUUUUAUCUUCGAGUGAGGGAUCCUUUGUGGUUCUCAUGCCACGUCUCGACGUUGUAGGCAUGUAUGAAUAGUGUUGGGGGGGGGGGCAGGGGUUAACUUGGUGCUACAUCGACGGACAGACUAGCGCGUGGGUCCGGUUAUGUAUCGUUGUCGUUUUUUGUCGAUCUCUUGGUAUGAUUGCAGUGUCGGGGGGCAGGCAGCAAACAGGCCCGCUUUCUCCCUGCUAGAACAAAUGGUGCUUGUGAUUCCUUGUUGUUGGUGAUGACUCUUGUAUACGACUGCUCUUUUUGUCCUUGCGGUGGAAUGGGGAGACAUUUCUGGUGGGGUGAGUGGGCAGAGCAUCACCCCACCCGUGUUGUCGCGGGGGGAACGGGGGCUGCCAUGCGUCAUGAGUCGCUGCAGCGCGGUUGAUACCACCGGUUAGAAGCUGUGUGGGCCGGCGGCAAGUCUAAUCGCAAUAUACAGUCGCGCGUGUGGGAUACGUAUCCACAAGACGAGCUCCCGCGUGGGUUUUGGUUUGCUUCCGAGCGUGAAGUGAAGUGUUUCUGUUGCUUUUUCUGCUUCAUGCGGGCGUGGUUUCUGAAGGGUUGAUUUCAUCUAGAUCUAAAUCUGAGGUGGCCGUUGAGGCACACGGCAGGUCGACAUCCCUCGAUGGUUUGCGCUUUUAACCUACACGGCGAUUUGGCUUGGGCAUCAGGUUGUCAACGUGGUUUUUGUUCGUGUUGAACCUCGUAGGGUCAAACCCGAGGUCCGUGUUUGUGUCGUCCACGGCCACAUCGAUCGUCCCCCUGUGGACUUUUGCUGCCGGUGGGUGCGGUGCGUACUGCAAUUCCUCGAUUGUUCGCUCUUGUCGUACUGUAUCUGUCAUGUCGGGUCUGUAUUUGACGGUUUGCUACAAUUACACACUGCGCGGGUUCCGCUUUUGUCAUAUCGUUUUGUCACCGCGACGACGGAUGGGCGAGUGUAUGGGUACCAGUAGGUCGUGGUGCUUGUUUUCGGUGUGUAGGGAGGG